CUCCAACCCCAGUGGAGAUUUCCAACCCAGCUGUCACAGCUCCAUGACACGAGCACCAAGGGAGAGGCUGAGAGGCAGGAAGAGUUGGCAAAGAAGUGAUAGAGAAGAGAAGGAGGCUGAGUCACCAAGGGGACGGGAAGGAGGGGGGCCAGCUUGAGACCGGUGCCUGGUGAGCUCUGCCCUGCCCCUCCAUGCAGUUCCCCGUGGGCCCUGCCUGCAUCUUCUUGAGAAAAGGCAUCGCUGAGAAACAGAAGGAAAGACCACUGGGACAAGAUGAGAUUGAAGAGCUCCGGGAGGCAUUUCUUGAGUUCGACAAGGACCGAGAUGGGUUCAUCUCAUGUAAGGAUUUGGGGAAUCUCAUGAGGACAAUGGGUUACAUGCCCACGGAGAUGGAACUGACUGAACUUGGCCAGCAGAUCCGCAUGAACUUGGGUGGCCGUGUAGACUUUGAUGAUUUUGUGGAGCUAAUGACCCCCAAGUUGCUUGCAGAAACGGCUGGGAUGAUCGGUGUCCAGGAGAUGCGAGAUGCCUUCAAGGAAUUUGACACCAACGGAGAUGGGAAAAUCACCCUGGGAGAGUUGCAGCAGGCCAUGCAAAGGCUUCUGGGAGAGAAGCUCAGCCCCCGGGAGGUCUCCGAAGUUGUCCAGGAGGCCGAUGUGAAUGGAGACGGCACUGUUGACUUUGAAGGUGACGCUUCCAACUCCAACACCUGUGUGAUUUUCCAAAGCGGGCCAUUCCUUCUCACUCUUCCCCUAGUUUGAGAGUUUGUGAAGAUGAUGUCUCGCUGAGAAGGUUCUAGAAACCCCAGUUACUCCCCACCUAGUCAACCUGGAUCAAGCACUUAGAGAGGACCAAAUCCCCUUAAGGGUGGUGGUGAGUAGAUUGAGGUUAGACUUGAUAAAAGUGAACUGGCAUCUUAAGAUGACUAACCAUAGAGCUGGGAGGACUGUGGGUGGAGCUGGGCCCCUUGUUAACUCUCUAGUCCUGACUUCCUGUUAAACUUUGUGGUAAUGUUCUUGGGUGGGGGGGAUUCAAAGACAAUAUAGAGGCCUUCCUGGGAAGGGGCUUUCUGCACGUGUGUGACCAUUUG